AUGCGUUGGGAUUUUGCCAAAAACGAAGAAGCCAAGCGCGUGGCCAAGAUUUUGGAUGGUGCCUCAGCGGAGACUGCGGGUGCCGAGCACCCAGACUCCUGCCCCAUCGGCAGGGGAGGAUCUCCACCGUCAUUUUAUGGGCAUCUGCACGGCCCCAUCUCCCUUUUAACUACGAUGCUGCUGAAGUUCACGAGUUAA